UGUUUGUUCGCUCGCACUCAUGCGUCUUACAGGAAUGCAGAUGAGCGGUUAAGGUACGGCGUCUGGCGAUAAUGAAAGCCGGAGGCGUGGCAGUAGAUGUUGCGACAUGAUUGUCCCGUACGGUGCGCUUGUCGAAGUGGUUUUCCGUCAGAACCUGUACUAUACGUGGCCUUGCCCAAAGCGUGAGCAACGACUGGCCAAGCAGGAAAGAGGCAGUCGUGGCUGUCGGUUCGACAGACGCGGUCUCGUUUGACGAACUGAGUCGCAGACUUUCCCCAAAAUGCGGGUUGCGGUGAUCGGCGCCGGCUGCUGCGGCAUUACGGCCGUCAAGGCAUGCCUCGAAGAAGGACUGGACGUGGUGUGCUUCGAGAAGGCGUCAAACUGUGGCGGGCUGUGGUGGUACCGAGAGGAGACGCCCGAGACCGGCACCGGUACCGUGAUGCGAUUCACCGUGGCCAACACCAGCAAGGAGAUGUCCUGCUACAGCGACUUCCCGCCGGACAGGGAGGUGCCGCUGUUCAUGACGCACUGGCAGACGCUCCGUUACAUCAGAAGCUACGCGGACCACUUCGGCGUCACGCCGAGGAUACGGUUCAACCACGAGGUGCUCAGACUCGACAAGGACGGCACAGUCAGGAUCCGCGACACAGCGGCGGACCGCGAGUGGGAAGAGACCUUCGACGCCGUGCUGGUGUGCUGCGGACACCACGGGACUCCGCUGAUGCCUGACGUCCCGGGUCGGGAGCUGUUCCGCGGACGGGUGAUGCACUCCCGCGACUACAAGGACGUCGACGAGAGGGUCCGGGACAAGAACGCGGUCGUCGUGGGCUGCGCCAACUCCGCGAUCGAUGUGGCGGUCAACCUGGCCUCCGUUGCGCGGCAGGUCUUUCUGAGCACCAGGAGGGUGAACUGGAUACUCCCGAACCACUACCGAGGAACUCCAUUCGAUGAGUACGCCUUCAACCAGCUGAGGCUGUGGCUGUACAGCUGGCUGCCCCGCUCCUACUACUCGCGCUUUCUCACCACCAUUGCCAACGAAGCAUGGGACCACAAAAUGUUCGGCCUCGAACCUAGCCACGACAUCCUCACUCAGGGUCUCGUCGUCAACAACUACAUCCAAGGCAAGUUGCUGGACGGCACCAUCAAACCCCGAGGCGCGCCCGAACGAUUCACCGAAACAGGCGUGGUCAUGGACGGCGUCGAAGAGGAAGUGGACACCGUCGUGUUCGCCACGGGCUUCAAGGCAGACUUGCCUUUCCCGACGGACGCGUUGCCGCGGAACGGAGAGAGGUUCCUCCUGUACAAGAUGAUCGUUCCUCCAGAUAACCCUAACGUGGCGUUCUUGGGCUUCAUCGACGCCAGCUCGAACAUGCUGCAGGCCUUCGAGAUGCAAGGCCGCUACAUGGCCCUGGUGCUGUCCGGCAAACUGCGCCUCCCGGCCAAGGAAGCGAUGAAGGCUGACGUAGAAGCGACGCAAAACAAGAUAACCUCCGCCUUCAUCCCCACGACCAGGCAUGCUCUGAUGAUAGACCGGGUGCGCUACGUCGACGACCUAGCUGGCAUCAUCGGCGUGAGGCCUAGCUUUUUUAAACUCUUCUUCACGGACCCCAAGUUGUACUGGACGCUGAUUACAUCGCCACUGCUGAAUUAUCAGUACAGGCUACGGGGACCUCACUCUUGGGGUGGAGCUCGCGAUGCCAUAUUGGGAUACAAGGACCGCAUGCGCGCACCGCUGACUCGUCCUGAAGCGGACCGGAAGAGGCCGUUCUAUAAGCACCACUUCACCGCCGGGAUGGUCGCGUUUGUGGCAGCAGCGACAUCGUCAGCGUGGUACCUCGGAGCGUUUUGAAGUGCAGCAGACAGUGAAAAACAGUAACGUGCCCUUGUGAGAAGUGUGUGUAUUCGUACAAAGACAAAAACAUGCCUGCUUCACGUAUAUAUGGGAAGUGCUUAACAAAUGCGUCACCUCCGCCGCGGGUCGGCCCGGCAUUGCCCUAUCUUCAAGGAUUUUUUUUUCUACACGCGGACACGAUAGUGGGGAAAGUAGCCCUUAACAGCUUCACUGUAAAAAAAAAAGAAGAAAGAAAACACGAUA